CUUCACCGGGCGGAAGGAGAACGUGAUGCACCACUUCGGAAACCCUAGAUUCGAGAUGAUCCGACACGACGUCGUUGAGCCCCUUCUUCUCGAAGUUGACCAGAUCUACCAUCUCGCUUGCCCUGCUUCCCCUGUUCACUACAAGUUCAAUCCCGUCAAGACCAUCAAGACCAAUGUGGUGGGGACUUUGAAUAUGUUGGGACUGGCCAAGAGGGUGGGAGCUAGAUUUUUGCUCACCAGCACCAGCGAGGUCUAUGGAGAUCCUCUGCAGCACCCACAAGUUGAGACUUACUGGGGAAACGUCAAUCCAAUCGGUGUCCGGAGCUGUUACGACGAGGGAAAACGCACGGCGGAGACGUUGACCAUGGACUACCACAGAGGAGCCGGCGUUGAGGUUAGGAUUGCUAGAAUUUUCAACACUUAUGGCCCAAGAAUGUGCAUUGAUGAUGGCCGUGUCGUUAGCAAUUUUGUUGCCCAGGCUUUGAGGAAGGAACCUCUGACUGUAUAUGGUGAUGGGAAGCAAACCAGAAGUUUCCAAUAUGUUUCUGAUCUUGUGGAGGGAUUGAUGAGGCUAAUGGAGGGGGAGCACAUCGGACCCUUCAAUCUUGGAAACCCCGGUGAAUUCACCAUGCUUGAACUUGCCAAGGUUGUGCAGGAAACGAUUGACCCAGAUGCGAAGAUAGAGUACAGGCCGAACACAGAGGACGACCCUCACAAGAGGAAGCCCGACAUCACCAAGGCCAAGGAUCUUCUCGGGUGGGAACCAAAAGUCUCUCUCCGUAAGGGUCUCCCGCUCAUGGUCUCCGACUUUCGACAACGCAUCUUCGGCGACCACAAGGACAGCAGCAGCAGCGGGGGAGCGAACACAGCAGCGUAGAUCUGGUGGAAGGAUUCGUUCGUUUCGAACGCAGAAACCCGAGUUCUUCUUGCGGGGUCAUGUUAAAGGUAUAAUGGUUAAAAGUUAAUAGUAUAAGGAGGAGGUGGUGCAGAAGCAAAAGGGGAGUGUAUGGAAAAAUAGGGUAGAUUAUUUGAGUUUGAUCCUUUUAGCCAUUUGUUUAUGAUUUUGGAAAAUUGUUAUGUGUUGUAAGUUUGAUUAGAGGAAAGUGGGGUUGGGUUAAUUUGUGGUUUAAGGAAAAUUUAUGUUCCCAUCCCAUUCAACAAUUACAGAUUUCUUAAACAACAAAAAUAAUAAAAAUAAAAAUAAAAAAGGAUGAAAAUUAUUGAGCCAAAAA